CGGCACAGGGGUAGCUGGUCGGGUUCUUCAGCCGCUCCGUGGCAGGCUCAUGGGAACCGAAACCGGAGUGCACACGCCGCCGAAGUAUCUCUCGAUCGACCACCUUCGUACGCUGCACCAGGAGCUAGUGCCUUUGCUGGACUCUGUCGAUGGCGUCUCUCUUACUGCGAGGCAGGAGCUCAGACUGAUCGAAGUGCUUCGCUCCAUCUCCGAACUGGUGGCGUUUGGGGAGGCCGGCGAGGGGCCAGAGUACUUCGAGUUUUUCUGCGAGAAAUCCACCAUGGCGCUUUUCGUCAAAGCCCUCCGUCUGGGACCGGCGGUGAAGACUCAGGUCGUCCAGGGGGUUUCGGUCCUCUUCCAAAACCUACGCAGCCCCACGUCGCUCUACAUGCUGCUCUCGUCGGACCACAUCAACAGGCUCAUGCAGCCCGAGGGAGGUGCGGCGGAACUACCCCUGGACGACGAGGAGUUCCUGACGAACUACAUUGCUCUGCUCAAGGCCAUCGCGAUCCGCCUGGGCAAGGAGACGGUCCCGUUUUUUCUCAACACCACGAAAGGAAGCUUCCCGCUCUACUCGCGAUCGAUCCCGCUCAUCGGGCACCCGGACCCAAUGGUCCGCACCUCCGCGCUAAGCAUCGUCCUGCAAGUGCUUUCCGUGAAGGACCCCGGCGUUACCGCCUUCCUCACCCGCGAGGAGAACCACAUCGGCUUCUUCGACCAGCUGUCGCGCCUCAUGCAGGACGCGUACUCCCAGGUCCUCUGCAGGAUGUGGCAAGACGUGGAGCCAACAAGCUCAGCCGAGAACACGGCGAUCGAUGGAGCAACCAGUUUCUUCCAGGACAUGUUGUACUACGUGCAGGACGUCCUGAGUGUAGGGGAUUCCCUCCUUUCCGAGAAGCUGGCGCUACACCUCCACCGCCGCUUUUUCAGGCCCGUUGUUCUAGGGGCGCUAGCGGAUUCCAUAGAGGCUGAGGGGGAGACGGACGUCCCUUGUACGGUGGGAGAGGACGGGGAGGAGGAAGAGGCGAUGGCGGAAGAGAGAGAGUCUGAGCUCCAGCUGGCUCUGUACGCGCUGUGUCAGCUGUUCAUGCUGGCCACGGACGGCCCGCUUCUCAUCCUCGUGGCGGGCGAGCUUUUCGGACGACAGCAACGAGGAGGAGGAAAAGGAGACACCGCUAGCCCUAACAGCAACGGCGGCAGCGGCGGCGGCGUUGACAACGUCAGCCCUGGCAGAAUCCGAACGUCGACGAGCAUAGCUGCCGCGACAACAACGGUCGACUCGAGAAGAAGGUCACGGCAGCACUCGUGCUCAACAGCAGCGCAGGGGCACGUGCCGGUGGGGCAGGCGGGAGGCGCCGUCGAUAGCGAGCGAGAAUCCGAGGAUCAAGCAGGGGUGGACCGCUACCGAAAGUCCCUUCUGGCUUGCGUCAAGCGGAGGAGGCGUCGGCGCCACCCGGGGGAACGGGGGGGGGAAGGGGCGCAGGUGCGGCUCGCUGCCACGGCCGUCUUGUGGAGCGCGGUGAGGAAUCCGUCUGCGACGGUGGCCGACAUCUUGCUGGAGGGGGCGCCGGCGCAGCAGGCGGAGGGUAGUAGACGGGCCGUUGGGACGACCAUGUCGUGGAAUGGUGGCACGAGGGGCGGCGGCGGCGGCGUCAGCAAUUGGACGACGGCCUCUGCGGGUGGGCGGCAAAGUCCGGGGUGCUUCGAACAGGUGAUGGCGUGCUUGCUCGAGGCUCUCACCGAGCCGCCCGCAGCCGACAUGGUGGCCGUUCGAACCGCCGUCGCCGUCAUGGAGGAGCUUUCUGCCCUCCACGUGUCCUCCUCCAGUCGCAAGAGAGGCAGCGGCAGCGGCGGCGGCGGUACGGGCGUCAGCAGUGGCGGCCAAAUCAUUGCAAGGGACUUCAGCAUCGCGGACGUCGGCGGUGACUCGGCGGCCACUCAUUCGUUGCCCCCCGGGGGUUUUUGGGCUCCCGGCUGCACUCGGCACACCAUGAAGUAUGCGGUCAUGUUGACGGACGUGUACGCCCGAUCUGCGGAGGUUGUCCUCAGCGCCACGACGCGCCGUAACCCGUUCGACCUCCUGGCCGCCUGUGAGCACGCGGUGGAACUCCUCGGAGGCGACGAAGAGGUCGACCCAGACGGGGGCGACGCGUGUUUGUCGUCCCCCCCUCCUCGCCUCAAGGACGUCGCGGGGGCCGGGCUGCUGCUGGGCGGGGAAGAGGCGGCAGCCCGUGGGGUCGGCUGGGGCGGCGGGUUCCCCAAGAGGAGGGUUGCCGGCAGUGAGGAGGGCGAUUUGCGAGCGUUUCGCGUGCAGAACUUCCUCGCCCUCCGCUCGUUGCAUCAGUGGCUGGUGGGAGAGGGCCCGCCUUCAGAUGACGGCACGGCGAUCGCAAUCGCGGAUGCGGCUUCGUCUCCUAUUUGUUUCCCACCGCCGGGCGCAUCGACCAGAAGACCACCGCCACCGCCGCCGCCGCCGCCGCCGCCGCCGCCGCCGCCGCCACAACCGACAACAUCUUUUGUAGCGGGGAGUGUUCGAGUGGACAAGGAGUUUCUAGCUCUGGUAGGGGUCAUCGACGACGUCGAUGACGGGCAGAGCGGUGGCGUUUUUCUGCUGGAUGCCGACAGGGACCCCUCGAAGCAUGCGAGCAGCGGGCGAGAGGAGGGGACGGCCUAUGUUCCUAAGAGAAGGAGCGGGAGCGAUAGCGCGAGCCGGACAAGCGGCGGCGCGGCCGCGCCGCCGAGGCCCGGCGGGCGGGUGGAGCUCUCGGGCAAGCUCUGCCUGGCUUGCUGCCUGCCGUUCAACUGGCCGGGGCCGAUGGCCGCGGAGCCUCUUACCUCGGCCACCAGAGUCUCGACCGCCGCGGCGACUGCGAGGAAGAGGAGGAACGCCGCAGCUACUGCUGCUCCGCCUACGCCGGUGCCGACGCAGAACGGAGACGGCAGCAAUAGCGUAAGGGUCAACGGCGGCGGCGGCGGCGGCGGUGGCGGCAUGUUUAGCGGCCUUCUUUACGGCCCCGCCCUCUGGACAGGAACAGCAGAGUCACCAACGAACGGGGGCGGACCUAGCCCUGGUAGCGGUGGCAGCAGCCAACAACGCCGACGACGACAACAACAACAACAACAUCAGUUCUCCCCGCAUGACCCGGCCCCCGACGAGCUGUGCGUUAUCCUUGACGAGCAGAACUUCAUGGUCGUCGUGCCAGACCCGCCGUACUCCCCCCUACACGGCGGUCUCCUCCUCUGCGUCGCCCCGCUCAAGAACACCGCGGCAAAGAUACACCCGGCGAACCCCCGCGUCCUAGAGCUAAAGGUUUCCACGAGGGAGGAGGCGCAGGUGGGGUCGACGGGCGGACCGGGGCUGUUUCUGCCCGUCCCCGGGGGGGCGGCGGGGACCGGGGAUGGGGGCGGAGCCGCAGGCUUCACGGGGGCGGGGUACUUGGGGGCUUGGCAUCUGGUGCUGAGCUUCAAAAACGCAGGUUCCUGCCGCAUGGUGGCGGAGCACGUGGAGGAGCGAAGAGAAAGCAUCCUUGCCUCUCGCACGGUGGGGUUGGUAGAAAUGUUCCGCCGGGUGGCGUCGAUGGCCACGAGCAACAACACCGGCGUAUUUAUCUGACGCUACGUGUAACUCAGCCAUGAGCGGCGCGCGGCACCCGGGGACUUGGACAAGCUGUUAGGAGAGGCACCAUCUUUACCGGGUAGUGGGCGUUGCUGUACAUAGCAGUGAGGAGUUUCUUCUUGUGGUGAAGUGAAAAUGCCUCCCCCUUCCACACACCGUCUUUUGUGUUCAUUAGUUUUUGCAUUUAACUUUGCGGAGGAUCCCAAAAUUGACCCGCAUGUUGUUUGCGCCUUUGACAAGCCUUUCAUCGAUACUUUCUGUCGCGAACUUCUGGAUUUGGUAGACGAAGUCAGUGAGUGCCCUGUACAUCGGUCGAAUUGUUGUGUUUGUGUCGGCACACAGCGCAAGUGGGGGUGUUCGACGGAAUCGAGCUAGGAAUAUGGUACAUGUCUAACACUUGAGCCGUUUUAGUACAUAGCGGCGGCUACCGCGCACUCGUUAUCGUGAGACUAAAACAAGUACAAGAGCACCCCCCGUCUGACCAAGAAGGUGACGGGGGUGGAACCCGUCGGUAACCGUCGAUUGGUCGAUUGCCUUUCCAUUCGCUUGGGCAGUUGACAUGGCUUAGGCACGCAUUUUCAUUUCAUCCUCUGCUUGUUCGCUUCGUGCGUGGCGGUUACGUGAUCACGCGAGAGCAGUUGGGCUGGGUGUUGCACGGGGGCGGCGGGGGGUGCAAGCGCGUUCUUUUGUGUACGGAAGAAGUUACGAGAGUGUUGUUGGGCGUGGAGGGUGGGCACACAUCGUACAUCGUACUUGAGUCGUGGUAGAGCGUACCCACCCAUUAUCUAGAGCGUUGAGAAGCAGCAGCCGCCUAGCAUGUAGAGUAGAUGUCCCUAUGAAGCCCCACUUAAGCCACCCUGUGCGGGAAAAGCUGGUACUUCGUGAAAAGGUUGAACUAGAGUACAAUCGAGGUAUUGAACGAAAGCCAACAUCAAUAUCUGAGUG